CCAGGGCGCACGCUGAGGACACGGACGCGCGUGGCUGCAGGUCGGACGAGCAGGGUCGCGGCUCACCAUGGCCGAGCUGCUGCGGAGUCUGCAGGAUUCGCAGCUCGUGGCGCGCUUUCAGCGCCGCUGCGGGCUUUUCCCGGCGCCGGACGACAAUCCUCGGGAGAAUAGCGCGGGCCCCUCGGAAGGAACGACGCGGGUCCCCGAAGUCGCGCAUCCACCCGCUAACCCGCAGGCUUAUGUAGAGAAGCACAUUGUGAAGAAUUAUUUCUACUAUUACCUGUUCCGGUUUUCCGCCGCCUUGGGCCAGGAAGUGUUCUACAUCACAUUUCUCCCAUUCACCCACUGGAACAUCGAUCCUUACUUGUCCAGAAGAUUGGUCAUGAUAUGGGUCUUGGUGAUGUACAUUGGCCAGGUGGCCAAGGACAUCCUGAAGUGGCCCCGGCCCUCAUCCCCACCCGUCGUGAAACUUGAAAAGAGAGUGGUUGCAGAAUAUGGAAUGCCAUCCACCCACGCCAUGGCGGCCACUGCCAUUUCCUUCACCCUCCUCAUCUCUAGCAUGGACAGGUACCAGUACCCUUUUGUUUUGGGCCUGACGAUGGCUGUGGUGUUCUCCACAUUGGUGUGUCUCAGCAGACUCUACACUGGGAUGCACACGGUCCUGGAUGUGUUGGGCGGCGUGCUGAUCACUGCCUUCCUCAUUGCCCUCACCUACCCGGCCUGGACCCUCAUCGACUCCCUGGACUCGGCCAGCCCCCUCUUCCCUGUGUGUGUCAUAGUCGUACCAUUCUUCUUGUGCUACAACUACCCGGUGUCAGACUUCUACAGCCCAACCAGGGCGGACACGACCACCAUCGUGGCUGCCGGGGCUGGAGUCACCCUGGGGUUCUGGAUCAACCACUUCUUCCAGCUGGUGUCCCAGCCCAGCCCGUCCCUUCCUGUGAUCCGGAACAUCCCGCCCCUGACCACUGACAUGCUGGUUUUAGGGCUGACGAAAUUUACGGUGGGAAUUGUGUUGAUCGUCUUGGUUCGUCAGCUGGUACAGAACCUCUCGCUGCAAGUGUUGUUCUCGUGGUUCAAGGUGGUGACAAGGAACAAGGAGGCCAGGCGAAGACUGGAGAUUGAGGUCCCUUACAAGUUCGUCACCUACACGUCGGUUGGCAUCUGUGCCACGACUUUUGUGCCCAUGUUGCAUAGGUUUUUGGGAUUGCUCUGAGCCCCAAACAGAUGGGAACGAGCCCACCCACUAAUGUGAGAUAUGAGAAAGCUGUCUGUUGGGGCAAUCUCCACCCCUCCUGUUUAAGGAAACCUCAAAUCAUAUUUUUGUUUUGCUGAUGUAACAUAGAUCCUACUACCGUGGCACCAGCAGUGAGAUUGGUCUAUAAAGACUGUGUUUCGUUGACUCCAGCCUGAAACCACCCCUGAAGUCAGGCAGGCCACCCCAUUCCCUUUCUGUUACAUGGACUUAGGACCAGGUCUGGGGUGGACUGGAAUGGCGGCCUGGCUUGGAAUGGCUACAAGCCCUGCUGGGCUCUAGAGAGCCAACAGACUUGAGGUAAUAUGGAGGCAAGAACACUUCCUCUCAGUCACAGCCUUGCCUAAUGCUUCCUCUCGCUCCCCAAACUGGAACUAGGGCUGGGAGAAAGGGUGAGACCGUGGAAAACCACACCCCUCGGACAGAGUGACAUCUUGCGCUGUGAUUGGACUGUGCCUGAGUGGGCAGCGAGACCGUUCUGGACUAAAGCCUCCCGUGAAGGGGCUCAGAGGGCAGCAGAGCUAUGAAGCCACCGGGAAGAGCUUGCUUUCUCAACCAGCCCGUCUCCUCCAGGCACUGUUAGUGAAGCAAGAAGCUGAUCUUCCUGGCACAGAGUCUGCAGCAUCCCAGGUUGCAGUGUGUACACUCGUCUAAGCCACACGAGACAGGCUGCUACCUCCUCGCAGGUAGACACAAGAACACGCCGAGACCCCUACGCUUUCUCGCUUGGUUUUCGGCAUCUUCGGUUGUUUAAGCUUCCAGAUGAACUUAGAAUGCACUGGAUCAGCACAGGAAUGGAUGAGCUUCGUCCUCUGGAAGCCUGACCAAGAGAAGCGAGGCAGUCCUGACAUUGCCUCAUCCUCCUGAUGUUACCUCAUCAUUACUUAGCUACUUCUGUAGUUUUCUUUUUCAAUUGUUCAUCUGCGAGGCAGAAUCAGGGACCCCCUCUCAGCCUUCCCAUCUCUUAUUUCUUGGCCAUUCUGAGAGCCAUUAAUGCAAGAACAACUUUAGCCUAUUUUGGGGAAAUAAGCCAACUAACUAUAAUACGCAUUAAACCUCGCGUGGUCCUUCUUAGAUCUAGGGUGGUUUAAUUUAUGAUGAUAGCAGCAAAGGGCUCCUUCCCUGACUCCUAUUCAGAAUAAAGAUCAGGUAUCAACCCAUCCUGAAAAGUUAGUGGAAAUGCAUAGCUAUGGGUCUUUUGCGGGACAGUAUCACCGAAGCCAGAGUUCCAUGAUCCUGACAGUUCAUCACCAGCCACACAUAUUGAACAAAAUUAACCCCUUUUAAAAAGUUACUGAGGCUCGACUUCUGCAUUCGGUGUGAAAACCAAGACCAACAUUUUCUCUGAUGUUAGGUAUGCCCCAAGGCCUAUGUUGGAAAGCUGUUCUUUGGUAGUCAAGACAGUGUUUUAAUUUCUCAAGAUUAUUUCCUGGGCUGGGUGUGGUGGCACAUGCCCUUAAUUCCAGCACUCAGGAGGCAGAGGCAGGCAGAUCUCUGAGCUUGAGGUCAGCCUGAUACACAGAUGGAGUUCCAGGACAGCCUCGACUAUACAGUGAGACCCUGUCUUGAAAACACAAACACACAAACGAAAAGAAUAAUUCUUAACAAAAUGCCCAUUUUUAACUUAAUUCUUCUCUCACUUGUCAUAGUUAAGAACAGGGAUCAAAAUGGCGCAUCCUUUGCCUGAUUUAGCUCUGACGGAAUGUCAGCUCCGUGGCUGGGGUGCUGCAACCCCUGGCUUACAGGUCCUCGGCCGCUCCAGGGCACAGCUGUUAACGAAGCACUUCCCUCCCCCUCCCCACCCCAGCUACCAAACUAGAGCUUGUAAUACUGGCUAAUAUUUACCCAGGACAAUUUUAGUUAGUUCGUCUGGAGCCUGGUGACAAAGGGCUCAGCUUCCUCUGUGUGCAUCUUUGCAAAAGAAGGGCCGUGUCUAUUGUCCCAGCAGUGGGGGCGGAGUUUGAGAAGUUUAGGUCCCAACAACAGGGAUGCUGACAACUGCAUGGACGCAUUUAGGGCCGUGUUUACAUAGUCUAGAUGAAGGAGAACUAUAUUAGCCACACAACAUUAAACAGUGGCCUAAGAAUUUGUCAGGACAGGUCACUCUUUGAUGUGCUUGCUAACUGCAAAGAGAGGGAGAAAUUAGUUACCGGAGAUGGCAAGUUUGGUUUUGGAUCCCUACAGUAUCGGUUUUAAAAGUUCACGUUUUUUAAAAGAUCACGUUUUUGUUUAUGCCUUUGUUGAUCCCUCUCAAUUCAUGACUCACAGAGCACCUCAGCCUAGUAAAUUCUCUCUGGGAUGCCUAUCAAAACACUUGGAUUUUCUCUUUGGGGAAAGAGUGCCCCCUGCUGGUUAAGAUCGUCUAAGUCCAAAGGCUCCUUUGUCAUGCUCACCAGUGUGUCCAGAAUGUGUCUACGCAGGCCAACCUUGACGCCAAAGCUUUCAGGAAUAUUGGCCCCUCCAUGAACUGGGAAGAAUAACACACCCUUCUCCCUCUUGCUUCUACUCCAGGCCAAGGCACUCACCUAGAAUCUGCUUUCUAAUCAGCUGUGACUUUGUGUCGUAUUUGCUCAGACCUGUACCAUAGUUGAAUAUGCUGGAAAAAGACGUAGGCAAGACCCUUCAACCAAUACCCUUUGAUGGAAGUCACCAAAACUAUUCCACGCUGUGCCUGGCAAUGGGAUUUUCUCGCCCAAAUACACAACUCAUCUUCCCAGGACUCUCACAACAUGUGGUUCAGACCAUAUGUUUCAGGUUUCUAUUUUGGAACCCCUCAGCUGUCUCGAUUAUGCACUGUAUGUAAAUUUAUUUUUAAAAUAAAUUCUUUUUUUUGUUUGA